AUGGCCGGUUAUGAGACCACAGCCACCAUAUUGUCAUUCUGUACGUAUGAAUUGGCUUUUAAUCAGAAUAUUCAACAAAAACCGUACGAAGAAGUCAAAUAUUUGACACGAAAUGUUGACUAUUGGUCCAAACGUGGCAUCAAUGGACCCAAACCGGUGCCUAUAUUUGGAAAUUUGUUGGAAUUAUAUUUUACCAGAUCUAAGAUAAUUACAGAAAUAAAAUGGUUUGAAAAAUAUGGCAAAAUAUAUGGAUAUAUUGGUGAAACUGGUCCCAUACUGACUGUUGCUGAACCCGAACUCAUCAAACAGAUAUUGGUUAAGGACUUCCAUAUAUUAGCCAAUAGAAAGGAUCUUAAGAUUUUGCCACCAGAUCUGAGCAAAAUAUUAGUCAAUCUGAAUGGCGAUGACUGGAAACGGGUCCGAUCGAUAACGACGCCUACAUUCACUUCGGGUAAAAUUAAACGAAUGUAUCCAUUGAUGAAACAAUGUGUCGAAGAUUUUGCCGAAUAUUUGCGUCCAUUGGCUGACCAAAGAUCACAUAUAGAUGUGAAGAAACAGUUCGGUAAUAUUACAUUGGAUAUGAUAUCUACCUGUGCUUUUGCUACUAAACUUAAUGUACACAAUGAUACGGAAACAAAUAUGUACGUUAAAUAUGCUACCGCAGCCUUCAAUAGUAAUAAACUAAUAGAUUUAGUUCAGAUGCUGAUACCAAAUAAAUUAAUAAAAUUAUUGUAUAUAUUGGGUCUAUUCAAAAACCUGUCCGCAGAUUUUUUUAUUAAACAUUUACAACAAUUACUUAAAAAUCGUCGCAAUAAUAGAGAUAAACAAUAUAAUGAUUUGUUUCAGUUGCUCAUUGAAGCCGAAAGUGAUGACAAAAAUAUGAUAAAUGAAAACGAUAUCAAUGAAGCACAUCAUGUCUAUGAAAACGCCGAAGAACUGGAAUACCAAAAACGUGCCCUAAAUUUAAGAUUAAUUAAUAAAAAGUUAACCGAAGAAGAAAUUAUAUCGCAAUCAAUAUUAGUAUUAUUGGCCGGUUUUGCCACAACAGCCGUCACAUUGUCAUUGUGUUUGUAUGAAUUGGCACUCAAUCAGGAUUGUCAACAAAAAUUGUAUGAUGAGAUCAAGUGUGUCAUCGACUCUAAUGGACAGAUCAGUUACAAUGAAUUAUCACUUCUGCCAUAUUUGGAUUCAUGUCUUAUGGAAACAUUGCGCUUACAUUCGCCGGCCGAACGACUUGAACGAAAAACCAUCGAUGACUACAAACUUGGAAACACUGGUAUUACUCUAUAUAAGGGACAACAGAUAGAGAUUCCUAUCUAUGCUAUCCAUCACUCGGAAGAGUUUUUUACUAAUCCCUAUGAGUUUAAUCCGGAGAGGUUUAUGCCUGAAAACAGACAUAAUAUCAUUCCCUAUACAUACCUGCCCUUUGGUGCCGGUCCUCGUAACUGUAUUGGUAUGCGGUUUGCAUUACUUGAAGCUAAAUUAGUUUUGGUAGACAUUAUAGAGAAAUACCGAUUUUUUUCGACCGACAAAACAGAUAAUCCGCUAAAAAUUAAGUCUAAUCUCAUUAUUACUGCUCCUGAAAGGGUAAUCCUCGCAUUUGCAUCAGUAAUACUAUUGAUUUAUCGAUAUUUGACACGAAAUUCUAACUAUUGGUCAAAACUUGGCAUCAAUGGACCCAAACCGGUGCCUAUAUUUGGAAAUUUAUUACAAUUGCAUUUUACCAGAUAUAAGAUAUUAACAGAAAUUCAAUGGUUUAACAAAUAUGGCAAAAUAUAUGGAUACUAUGGUCAAAGUGGUCCCACACUAACCGUUGCCGAACCCGAACUCAUCAAACAGAUAAUGGUUAAGGAUUUCCAUAUAUUUCCUAAUAAAUCUGUCCGAAAGAAUCCGCAUCCAGUUAUGAGCAAAAAUUUAGCCGAUCUUAAUGGCGAUGACUGGAAACGGAUCCGAUCGAUAACCACUCCUGUGUUUACUUCGGGUAAAAUCAAACGCAUGUAUCCACUGAUGAAACAAUGUUCUCAUGAUUUUGCCGAACAUUUGCGUUCAUUCGCCGACCAAAAAACAAAUGUCGAUUUGAAGACACAGUUCGGUAAUUAUACACUGGAUGUGAUAUCUACCUGUGCUUUUGCAACUAAACUUAAUGUACAUAAAGAUAUGGAAACAAAUAUUUUUGCCAAAAAUGCAUUCAAAUCUUUCAAUUCUUUUAUAAUGAUUUUUUUGGCUCAAUUAGUGUUACCUAAAAUUAUAAUAAAAUUACUGUAUAUAAUGGGUUUAUUCAAGACAGUGAACAUAGAUUUUUUCAUAACAUUUUUGCGACAAAUACUCGAUAAUCGGCGCAAAAGUGAUAAAAAAUAUAACGAUUUGUUUCAGUUGUUCAUUGAAGCCGAAAGUGAUGACAAAAAUAUGAGACAUGAAAACGAUAUCAAUGAAGCACAUCAUGUGAAUGAAGGCGCAGAGGAACUGGAGGCUGAAAAAUGUGCGCUUAAUAUAAAAUUAGAUAACAAAAAGUUAACCGAAGAAGAAAUGAUUGCCCAAUUGUUUGUUGUUUUAAUGGCCGGUUAUGAGACCACAGCCACCACAUUGUCAUUCUGUACGUAUGAAUUGGCACUCAAUCAGGAUAUUCAACAAAAACUAUACGAAGAAGUUAUGUCUAUCAUCGUCUCAAAUGGACAGAUCAGUUACGACAAGUUAUCACUUCUGCCAUAUUUGGAUGCAUGUCUUAUGGAAACAUUAAGACUUCAUUCACCGGCUCAACGAGUGUCCCGAAGAACCAUCGAAGACUAUAAACUGGGAGACACUGGUGUUACCAUUUAUAAGGGACAACAGAUUGAUGUUCCCAUCUAUGCUAUCCAUCAUUCGGAAGAAUUUUAUGCUAAUCCAUAUAAGUUCAGUCCGGAGAGGUUUAUGCCUGAAAAUAGACAUAAUAUAAUUCCCUAUACAUACCUUCUUUUUGGUGUCGGUCCUCGCAAUUGUAUUGGUAUGCGAUUUGCAUUACUUGAGGCUAAGUUAGGUUUGGCGCACAUUAUAGAGAAAUACCGAUUUUUUCCGACCGACAAAACAGACGUUCCUCUAAAAUACAAGAUAUCUAUUCUAACGGCUGCUGAAAGGGUUAUCGUUGGUAUUGAUCAUAGAAAAUUAUGUAAUACAAGUACCACCAGAAAUACAUCGGUUCCCAUAUUGAUAGUCAUAUCAUUUGAUGGGUUUCCCUAUGAUUAUGUUCAACGAGAACUGACACCUAACUUAUAUCGUUUGCGAGCCACUGGAGUUAGCGGUCAUAUGAUAUCGCAGUUUAUAACAAAAACAUUUCCAAACCAUCAGUCAAUAGCCACCGGAUUUUUUGAGGAAAGCCAUGGAAUUGUUAGCAAUGAGUUCUAUGAUCCUAAAUAUGAUGCCGUCUUCGAUGUGGACACUUCGCCCGACAUUUGGUGGACGGAAUUUCCGGUCACUCCCGUUUGGACAGUCAAUGAAUUGUAUGGCCGGCACAGUGGAGGCUAUAUGUGGCCGGGAGGUCAUGUCAAGUAUCGGAAUGUAUCGCAAACGUAUAAUCAAGUUUAUAAACACGGCUUGAAUUGGGAGAUGAGGAUCGACACAAUAAUCAAUUGGUUAACCAGCACAAGUAAACCAGCAAAUUGUAUAUUCAUGUAUUUCGAGGAACCGGAUAGUGAUUUACAUCAAUGGGGACCGUAUAGUAUACAGACUAUGAUACAGAUGCGUCGAGCCGAUGAUAUUGUAGGCUAUUUGUUGAACAGUCUGCAUAGGAACGGGUUGUCUAGUAUAACAAAUUUGAUUGUAUUGUCUGAUCAUGGAUUCGCUAAAGUGAGCUCUGAACAUGUCAUACAAUUAAAUGAUAUCAUUAAUCCAAAUUUGUAUGCCCUCUACGGUCACUCACCUGACUGGUCACUACUGCCAAAGUCGGGAUAUGAAGAUCUGGUUUACGAGACACUGUUGAAUGCGUCCAAAACAAUGCCGUUUACUAUCUAUCGCCGUCAAGACAUACCUAUUCAUUAUCACUACACUAAUAAUCGUCGAAUUUUGCCGCUAUUUCUUACUGCUGACGAGGGAUGGGAUGUAUUUCAAAAUGACAGUCAAUGGCACCGACCAAAAGGCUAUCCAGUUUGGGGUAAUCACGGAUGGGAUAAUAGGCUACCGUCGAUGCGUCCAAUGUUUCUGGCCAAUGGACCGGCAUUCAAACGGGGCUACUAUUUGAACAAAGUGUUUGCCAACACCGAUCUCUAUCCAUUGAUGCUAACUGUGCUUUCACUACCAGUGCACGAGUUUCACAGUAAUGGAUCACUGGAUGCUGUCAAAGAUUUAUUAAAUUAA